CUCAAACAGGAAGUGAGCGGCAGCAAAACUUCAUUAGCAAACAACAAACACGCCUCCCAGGUCUGUCACGCAAGCUCACCUGUACACCUGUAGGUAAAGUAAGAUGCUUCUCCGGACGUUGUGGUCCAGACUGGGAGCUCAGCAUCGUGUAGAGAGGAAACCAGUCUUCAUCUGUGCCUCGGCCAGUCUGUCCCAGUCUGUCCAACCACGCAGGUAUGAAUCCAAACCCAGGACCCACUCAGACUGCUGGAUCUUUUCAAGGACCUGUUAUUCAAACACUCUUCACCAACAGCAGACACAUGUGAGACAUGUUCUGCCUGCUUCAGGUGGAUUUAAACAUCUCAGCAGCACUCUGUUUACUGACCCUGGGAUACUGGAUGUAUGUAGAAGUGGACAGAAGCGCCUUUAUUCAUCCGACCUUGUGAAGUCAAUAUUAAAACCGACUUUAAAACCGGGAGCGGUGCCUGGAAAAAGGGUUCCCAAAGGACCGAGAACGAAACAACCUUCUAGAGCCAAUCAGCCUGCCCUGAAAAAGGAGGACAAGGAUAUGAUGCAAUGUAUUGCCUUUGCAACAGCAGAUCAGUAUCAUUUACCAACACUUUGCCACGAAUUGAUAAACCAGGGCUUCCAUGAGAUGGAUUUACCAAGAGAUGCCUCAAAUGUGCUGGUGAUAAGCACAGACAUGGCUGCCAAACCAGAGGACGAUGCUGUAAUGUUCUUCUUCAGGGAAGGCUCAGUAGUUUUCUGGAAUGUUGAGGAGAAAACGAUGAAAAAGGUUUUGAGAAUAUUGGAACAUCAUGAGAUCCAGCCCUAUGAAGUAGCAUUAGUCCACUGGGAAAAUGAGGAGAUUAACUACACUGUUGGAGAGGGGAAUACAAAGCUUGAGCGCGGAAACUUUAUUCUGAGUGACCAAAUGGAUCAACAUGAAGCUGUUCUGGAUAAAUUUGCAUUUUCAAAUGCUCUGUGUUUGUCAGUGAAGCUGGCAAUAUGGGAGGUGUCACUAGACAACUUUGUGGAGUCAAUUCAAUCAAUUCCAGAGACGCUGAAGUCUGGCAAAAGAGUUAAGUUGUCCUCUGCAGAGGUUAUGAAGAAGAUAGGCGAGCUUUUCUCGUUAAGACACUGUAUAAACCUGAGGUCUGACCUGCUCAUCACGCCUGAUUUCUACUGGGACAGAGAAAACCUGGAAAAACUCUAUGAUAAGACCUGCCAGUUCCUCAGCAUCAACCGCAGAGUCAAUGUUGUGAACGAGAAGCUGGAACACUGUUCUCAGUUAACAGAUCUGAUGAGAAGCCACCUGAGUGAGAAGCACAGCUUAAGGUUGGAGUGGAUGAUAGUCAUCCUUAUUACUAUUGAGGUUUUGUUUGAACUUGCAAAAAUGAUCUUCUAAACUGCUCCUCCAACAAAGCACAAAACUUAGGGCACUAGAAGCUCCAAAGGAAGAAUGCUGCACUUUACGAAGGUACUAUGUAUAAACGUGAAAAAGGUGUUCAGUAAUAUGUGACAUUGUUUUCUGGAAGCAACUGAAAUCACGAAGCGGACCUAAAUAUUUGUGAAUGUCUUACUGUUCCUGUUGUCCAGUAUUUACAUUUCAACAACACAGAAAUAAAUCUUCUUUUUAUUUUUUACUGUUUUGUGGAAGAUAAGGGUGUUGCAGGGUUUUAUAUGAGGAUUUUAAGCCUAGUGCAUCAGUGGGACUUAAUUUUGGGAUCAGCUGGCCACAUAAUGUUUUUGGGGUUUUGUUUGUGUGUUUAACAAUGUUCAUUUCAUUUUCACAUUAUUUGCAAAAGUGUAGUUGGAGCAUGAUGGCAGAGACUCUUACCUUCACAUGUGACAUUGUUCUUAAAAAGAAAGAAGAGUGCUGUGUUAUAGAAGAUGCAAUAAAGUAUUUGUUUUUGUUUAGUG